AUGCGUGGUGCGGUGCUGGUGCUGGUGCUGGUGCAGAUGGUGCCGGCGACCGCCGUGUGCCCGGCGCAGUGUCUCUGUAACCACACGGCGCUCACCGUCUCCUGCGAGAGCGGCCGUCUUGAGCACUUCCCCAUCCAGCUGAACCCGCGCGUCCAGCGACUGGAUCUGGCCGGCAACCGGAUCACACGCCUGCAUGGCUCGAUCGACUACUACACGGGCCUGGUCUCCCUCAACCUGAGCAGCAACGCCGUGGAGCGGCUGGACGCGCUGACGUUCGAGCACCAGCGGCUGCUGCAGGAUCUGGAUCUGGCCAGCAACCGUCUGGAGUUGGUGGCGCGCGGCAGCCUGGCCGGCCUGCGGCGGCUGCGGCGGCUCUCCCUGGCUGACAACCGGCUGGUCCGCCUCGACGACGGCGCGCUCGGCGAGGCGCACCACUUGCAGCGGCUCGACCUCUCCGGAAACCGACUGCGCGCGCUGGGCGGCGCACUGUCCGGCCUGGCGCGGCUGCAGGCGCUCUCAAUCGGCAGCAACCGUCUGGCGCGGGUCCGAGCGGUGGAGCUGCGUGCACUGACCGACCUCCGGGAGCUGGGCCUCUGCCACAACGGCCUGCAGACGCUGCAGGGCGCCGAGCAGCUGCCAGAGCUGCGGUGGCUUGACCUGUCCGGCAACCGGCUCACAACUCUCCCCGACCUGUCGGCGCUCACCAAGCUGAGCCACCUCGACGUGAGCGCCAACCGUCUGAGCAGGCUGGCGGCCGCCGCACCGAGCACACUCCGCUGGCUUGACCUCAGCGCUAACCGGCUGAGCCGGCUGCGGGCCGCCGACCUGGCCGGGCUGCCGCACCUGCGCCAACUGCGGCUCUGCGACUCGGCUCAGCUGCGGGAGGUGGCCGCCGACGCACUGUCCGGCUGCCCGCAGCUGCACACGCUGCAGCUGUGCAACAACUCUCGGCUGGCGCGGCUGCCCGACCGGCUGCUGGUGGCCACACUGCGCCGCGUCAGUGUGCGUGACUGCCGCCUGUCGGCACUGCCGGCGCCGGCGGCCGCAGCCAACCUCAGCUGGCUGGACGCGCGCGGUAACCAGCUGUCGUGCAACUGCUCGCUGCGCUGGCUGCAGGAGGCUGUGGCGGCCGGCCGGGCGGCCGACCUGCGGUGCGCCGGGCCCGGCUCGGUGAGUGGCCGGCGCCUGUCGCUGCUGGCCACAGCCGAGCUGUGGUGUCCGCCGCCGCUGGCGCCCCUAGCGUUGUCGCUCGGCCUGCCGCUGUUGGUGCUAGCGCUGCUCGGUGGCGCGUUCUGCGCGCUCUGCCGACGACGGAGGAGUCACAGAACGGCCACGGCCGGCGUCUGUGUGGCCACUCUGGCCCAAUCACACGGCACCAAAGGGGCGGCCGCCGCUGCCGGUGGCGGCCGCGAGUGGCCCCGCUACUGGCCGUGUGAGGUAGGUGCGCCAGCUCAGCACGGCACUGGCAAACUGCACACGGCUGCCAGCGUGUGGGCGCCGCGGCCCGUCAGUGCCGAGCCGAGACUGGUGCUGAGCGCCGACUCGUUCCGCGGCUACUCGUCCGACGAGCAGUACAGUACAUCCAUUUUCAGCUGUGACGAUCAGCCGGCGCUGGCGCUGCGGCCGUGCAGGCCGACCGGGAGGGAGACGCGCAGCGCCCGGCCACCUACCGGCGCCGACCAGCGCCAGCCACCCAGCCAGCCACCGUGA